GGGUGGGGGUUGGGAUGGACGGAUCCCGGCGGAAUUCCAGGCUUGGGGAAUUCCGCGCCUCCCCUCCCCCGUCCCCGGCCGCCCCCGCCGGCCCCGCUUCCCGGAUUUCUGUGCCUUUCACGCAGCGGGGCGGCAGCGGGAGCCCCGGGGGGGCAGCGGGAGCCCCGGGGGGGCCGCGGGAGCCCCGGUCCUGUAUUUGCACUGUUUUUAUUCUGGAUUGGCUUCCCGACAAUACACGGCUCCAACAAGCGCGGCUGCGCCUCUUCCUCGCGCCGGGAUGGGGCGGGACUGGGGAGGGGGACGGGGAGAGGGAGGGUGGCCUGGAAUUGCAGGGGUUCGGCUCGAAAUUCCAGGGGUUCGGCUCGAAAUUCCACCGUUUGUCUGAAAUUCCACGGUUUCAGCACGAAAUUCCACGAUUUCAGCUCGAAAUUCCAGGGGUUCGGCACGAAAUUCCAGGGGUUCGGCUCGAAAUUCCACCAUUUCAGCCCGAAAUUCCACCAUUUCAGCACGAAAUUCCAGGGGUUCAGCCCAAAAUUCCACGAUUUCAGCACGAGAUUCCAGAGGUUCAGCCCAAAAUUCCACGAUUUCAGCACGAAAUUCCUGGGUUUCAGCCCAAAAUUCUACGAUUUCAGCCCAAAAUUCCAGGGUUUCAGCCCCAAAUUCCACGAUUUCAGCACGAAAUUCCAGGGUUUCAGCCCAAAAUUCCACGAUUUCAGCACGAAAUGCCAGGGUUUCAGCCCAAAGUUCCACGAUUUUCAGCACGAAAUGCCAGGGGUUCAGCCCAAAAUUCCACCAUUUCAGCUCGAAAUUCCACCAUUUCAGCUCGAAAUUCCAGGGGUUCAGCACGAAAUUCCACCAUUUGUCUGAAAUUCCAGCAUUUCAGCCCAAAAUUCCACGAUUUCAGCCCAAAAUUCCAGGGAUUCAGCCCAAAAUUCCACUAUUGCAGCACGAAAUUCCAGGGGUUCAGCACGAAAUGCCAGGGGUUCAGCACGAAAUUCCACCAUUUGUCUGAAAUUCCAGCAUUUCAGCCAAAAUUCCAGGGUUUCAGCUCGAAAUUCCACGAUUUCAGCCCGAAAUUCCAGGGGUUCAGCCCGAAAUUCCAGGGUUUCAGCCAAAAUUCCAGCACUUUGACCCAUAAUUAAAGGAUUUCAGCCCAAAAUUCCACUAUUUCAGCAUGAAAUUCCAGCAUUUCAGCAAAAAUUCCAGUGUUUCAGCCCAAAAUUCCACGAUUUCAGCACGAAAUUCCAGGGUUUCAGCCAAAAUUCCAGGGUUUCAGCUCAAAAUUCCAGGAUUUCAGCUCGAAAUUCCAGUAUUUGUCUGGAAUUCCACGAUUUCAGCCCAAAAUUCCAGCAUUUCAGCCAAAAUUCCAGGGUUUCAGCCCAAAAUUCCAGCAUUUCAGCCCAAAAUCCCAGCAUUUCAGCCUAAAAUACCACGAUUUGUCUGAAAUUCCACUGUUUCAGCCAAAAUUCCGGGGUUUCAGCCCAAAAUUCCACUAUUUCAGCCCAAAAUUCCAGCAUUUCAGCCAAAAUUCCACUAUUUCAGCCCAAAAUUCCAGCAUUUCAGCCAAAAUUCCACUAUUUCAGCCCAUAAUUAACUAUUUUAGCACGAAAUUCCAGGGUUUCAGCCCGAAAUUCCACAAUUUCAGCCCAAAAUUCCACAAUUUCAGCCCGAAAUUCCACGAUUUCAGCCCAAAUUUGGGUUUCAGGAAAAAAAAUCCGAAGCUUUAGGCCCAAUUUGAGGCCGAUUUGUGGGGUUUUCGGUCCCGCUUUCCAGGGUUUUCCGGCCCAAUCUCCCCCUCCAAGCCCCGCUCCGGAAUUCCCAUCCCAAUUUACGGAAUUUCUUCUGGAUUCGGGCCAAACUUCGAGGAUUCCGCCGCCGAUUUCGGGGAUUUCAGCCCCGAUUUGCCGGAUCUUCCCCCGCAGCUCCUGGAUCCAGCCCCAAAUCCGUGGAUUCCAUCCCCAUUCCCAGGAUUUCAGCCCCAUCUCCAGGAUUUCAAUUCCCUUUUCCAUCUUUCCGGCCAAAUUUCGGCCAUUUCGCUCCCUCUUUGGACGAUUUCAGCCCCGAUUUGCCGCGUUUUCCACCCAAUUUCUGCCUCGGGCUGGGGGCGGGGGUGGAAUUGGGGCUUCUUGCACAAAUUCCAGGCGUUUCCCCCGGAUUUUCCCCCUUUUCCAUCGGCUUUGAGCUCGGGCCCGAUGGAAAAGGGGGGAAGGGGAGCUGAGGACCCCUCCCCCACCACCACCCCAAAUUUUUUGGAGAAAGGCUUCAAAAAUAAAAUUAAUUAAAAC